CUCGACUUCUACAAAAGUUGGUGCUUUUCUUUCUGUCAAAACUUUUUAGCCUUUCAUUUUUUUUUUUCUCAGGCACAACUAAUGCAACUAAAUUAACCUUCCAAUGGCAAAACCAUAUCCUCUUCUUCUUCAUCAUCUUCAUGUUUUGGUAAUGGUUUUCCUUUUAGUCAACUAUUCAAAUGAGCUAGAACUCUCUGAGAGCCAAUCUCUACUCAAAAUCCAAAAGCUUCUGAACUACCCACCAGCUCUUAGCAGCCUCAAAAACACCACCAACUUUUGUGAGAUAGAACCAACUUCAUCUUUCACUUUAAUAUGCUACGAAGGAGAGAUAACUCAGCUUCACAUUAUAGGCAACAAAGGGUUUCCUUCUCUGCCUCAGAAUUUCUCAAUUCACUCUUUCUUCUCAGCUCUAGUGAAGCUCUCAAGCUUGAAAGUUCUCAGCUUGGUUUCUCUUGGUCUGUGGGGCCCACUGGCAGGUAACGUAGGCCAUUUAUCUUCUUUAGAGAUUCUCAAUGUGAGCUCUAACUACUUCAGUGGAGACAUUCCUGUGCAGAUUCUUCACUUGAGAAAUCUCCACACUCUCACACUUGACCACAACAACUUCACUGGGAAAGUCCCAUUUUGGCUUAAUUCACUGCCCAUGUUGACUGUGCUGAGUUUGAAGCACAAUCUGCUAAGUGGGUCAGUUCCAAAUUCCUUGGGGGAUUUGAAGAAUCUAAGGGUUCUCACUUUGUCAGAGAACUAUUUGUCUGGGGAAGUCCCUGACUUGAGUAAAUUGAGAAAUUUGCAAGUUCUUGAUCUCGAAGACAACAGCUUUGGGCCUCAUUUCCCAAGUUUGCCUAGAAAACUAGUCACUCUUGUGCUCAGAAACAACAAAUUUCGAUUAGGCAUACCUCGUAAACUAGGCUCGUUUUAUCUUCUUCAGAAGCUGGACAUUUCACUAAAUGGCUUUGUGGGCCCUUUUUAUCCCUUGUUGUUAUCACUUCCUUCCAUUAGAUAUCUUGAAAUUUCAGGCAACAAGUUCACUGGAGUGCUCUUGCAGAACAUGUCUUGUAGUGCAGAUCUUGUAUUUGUCAACUUGACCUCAAAUUACUUGGUGGGGAAGUUACCUUCUUGUCUAAAGAUGGGUUCUGAGGACAACAAAGUUGUUAUGUAUUCUGGGAAUUGUUUGUCAAAUGAUGAUGAUCAGGAACAACACCCCUCAGAGUUUUGCCACAAUGAAGCUCUGGCAGUGGAAGUCAUACCUCACAGAGAAAAGCAUAAGGUACCGAAUAAUAAGCCAGUUGUUGCGACAAGUGUGGCCGGAGGAAUUGUUGGUGUUGUUGCAAUUUUUGGUCUGGUUUCCAUGCUUGUUAAGAGGGUUUAUGGGAAGGAUAGUGUCAGAAAGCCUUCAACAAGGUUGAUUACUGAGAAUGCUUCAACAGUAAACACAGCUAAAAUGCUUUCAAGUGCAAAAUAUAUAUCAGAGACGAUGAAGCUGGGAGCUUCUCUUCCUUCCUAUAGAACAUUUGCUUUGGAGGAGCUUAUGGAAGCUACUAAUAACUUUGACGCUUCAUCUUUGUUGGGCGGAAGUUCCAAUAGUCAAAUGUACAGAGGCAAGCUCUCUGAUGGAACACUCAUCGCUAUUAGAAGCUUGAGAAUGAAAAAAAGGCGCAGUCCGGCGGCUUACACGCACCACCUUGAGAUGAUAUCAAAGAUCAGACAUUGUCAUUUAGUUAGCUUUCUUGGACACUGUUUGGAAUGCCAGCUUGAUGACUCAGGCGUGAGCAGAAUAUUUCUUGUAUUUGAGUUUGUUCCCAAUGGAACACUAAGAGAUUUCAUCUCAGCUCCUCAAGGACAAAAGCUUAAUUGGGAACAGAGAAUUGCAGCUGCUAUUGGAGUUACAAAAGGCAUUCAGUUUCUGCACACUGGAAUCGUUCCCGGCGUAUACUCAAAUAAUGUGAAGAUAAAAAACGUUUUGAUGGAUACUAAUCUUCAUGUAAAAAUAAGCAGUUAUAACUUACCUCUCUUAGCUGAAAAUAUAGGAACGAUGGGCCCUGUAGUUUCUUCCUCUACACUGAAAGGAAGUGCUCAAGAUAGCAUAAAACAAGAGGACAAGAAUGAUGUGUAUGACAUAGGAGUCAUCUUACUAGAAAUCAUUCUGGGAAGGCCGGUUGUCUUCUACCACGAAGUUGGAAAUCUAAAAGACCUUUUAAGAGUAAGCCUAACAACCGAUGAUACCGGUCGGAAGACCAAACAGUGCUCUGAUGAAUCGUUGAAGACAAUGAUGGAGAUAUGCGUGAGGUGCCUGUCGAAUGAGCCGGCCGACAGGCCUUCCAUUGAAGAUAUCCUCUGGACUCUGCAAUUUGCAGCACAGGUUCAGGAUUCAAGUCGAGAAGACUCCAUGAACAGCAUAGAGUCAUUUGUCUCUUUGUCAUGAGAAAAUGUCCAAUUGACAACUUUCUCAUAUCUUUCUAUCAAUUAGAGAGUUGUGUAUAAUAUACAGCUUCGAUACUACUGUUCCAUACAAGUUGUCUAAGUAAGCUCUAAAAUGAAGUUCUAAUCAAUUUACUUUUCCUUUUGCCCAUUUUGGCUAUAUCUUUAGGUUCUUUGAAAUGCAAUUAUUCA